AUGGGAGGGAAUGGGUCCAAGGAGAGGGAGGACGAGGGGCCAGGAUGGAUGGGAUGUGGAUGCCUGGCACAGAAGUCAGCGCAGGGGAAGAAGGAGCUCGAAGGCGACUGCUACAGCGUGAUGAAGGUGCAAGAAAACAAUCAGAGAUUUCUCAGUGCCAUGGCUGAGGGUGGGAAAGCCGAUAUGAUCAUCGGGCUCUUCAGCACGACGAGGGAGUUCGACGUGAACGCUUCCGACCAUGAAGGGAAUACCGCUCUUCACAAAGCUGCGAAGAAUGGACAUCUGCUUGUAUGCCACAUCUUAACGCGGAACGGGGCUGACUGUGCGCUCCGCAACAAACUUGGAGAGACUGCUGAGGACUUGGCAUUGCAGCACGGGCAUCUCCCGUGUCAGAAGUUCCUGUCGAGCAGCAAUGCAAAGCCGCAAGAGAAGACGGACAUGUACAAGUUUCCUGAUUUCUUGAUGUCUCCUCGCGGAUCAAGAAAGAAGGUGUCUACCGACUACAUCACAGCGCUCUACCCCUACAAAGCUAGCCCCGACCUCCCCUUCGACCCCGACCCUCGACAAGAGCUGGACAUGGAAGAGGGGGAGAAGUUCGUCCUGCUCCACCUGCGACCGGAGGACGGGUGGUGCUUGGUGUACAAGCUGUCCAACGACGGGAGGCCCUUCAAGGAGGGGUGGGUACCCGGGAACUUCAUGAGCAGGGAUGGGAGCAAACCGUUGAUUCAGAGCGAAGACUUCGAGGUGAAGUUGUAG